UUUAUAGACUUUAUCUAGCUAUACUGUAUCUUUAAAGUCAUAGUCAUUAGCACGUGUGAUCCAGAUCUAUAUUACUAGACCGUACUGUGCACAACUCUGAAGUGUUCAACCUUGGAAGCGUGCGUGGCCCAUCGCCUAGACUGCAUGUACCAAAGCUUGAGAGUCAGUCGUGAUAGAAGUUUUCAUAGACGCAGAAUAUGAGUUCAGAGGUUCAAGGUUCUUCAGCUAAUGAGCUAAAAAGCGGAUCCGAGAAGAUCAAAAGACCGUUAAAUGCGUUUAUUAUUUGGUCAAAAAAGAGGCGCCGAGUGAUAGCGAAUGAAAACCCACAGAUGCACAACUUUGACAUUAGUAGGAAACUCGGUUUGGAGUGGCAGAAAUUGUCUGAAGAAGAGAAAGCUUACUAUUUCGAUGAAGCGAAACGCUUAAAGGAAGAGCACAAAGAAAUGUACCCUAACUACAAAUAUCAACCAAGGAAAAGAGACAAGACUAACAAAAGAGGAAAGAUGUUCCAAGGUGCUCCGUUCCACUUUAACUUUUUCGCACCAGGAUCGCCAUACUACGAUUCAAGAUAUCCCUUCGCGAUUCCUGAAUCAAGGCUUGAAGGGUACUCUCCCGAAGGAGCCCACUUGCAUAUAGAUUCCCCAAAUGAUGACCCUACGGCAUCCAGCUCUCCAACGUCUCUACCCUCACAGACCAAGCCAUCGAGUCAGGUGCAGGAUGUCGGCAGCAAAUCCAACGCAAUUUGCCCAAAUUAUCGUCAGUCUUCAGAAGGUUUUGUAUCAUACAGACCGUGUGAUCAAUCGUACAUGCAUCUGAGGUCGACAAUGGAGUGGCCUCAUUGGUACCCUGGAUCAACAUCGCGGCUUGGAACAGUUCCUUAUUACAGUUGCUUCUAUCCGUGGCAUUCGAGACCGGACUAUCACUAUUCAUAGACAGACAGAAACACUAUACUUAAAAUAUGAACUUGAACAUUACUCAACAAAUCUAUCAAAACUUAUCUAUAUAUUUCCUUAAACUCAGGAUAAACUCUCAGUACAUGGUAACGUGGACUUUGACAAAGGCUUAUCGCUUAAGAAUUGGAUUAAACCCGCACCUUGCCUAAUAUAGAUAGAUUAUAAAUGAUCUAUUAUGGGCAAUUUUGUCUAAUUUUCUAGCCUAGCACACUUGAAAACUUCAUGUUCAACGCUUAAUUAGCGUAUGAUAGGAUGGCGUUUUUGACCUAAGGCGUUCAACAAAGUGGAUUAAUCACUCGAUAGGAAGAUUUAAUAGUUGUAAAUUGGUAUUCAGUAAUGAAGGUCGAUUUUCAGUCGUGCCGAAACUUUUCAGUGAUUUGAAAACAAAUGUCUUUACCUACAAGUUAAGAAAGUUUGAUGUGUAAAUACGAAUUCGUUUUAUGGAUUCACAGUUCGUUAAACCGAAAAAAAUCUAAAAUAUUAUUCUAAAAAACAAGUAGAAUUAAAUGAUGAAACAGUGUUAAAUUUCAAGUCUUGGUUUCUUCAGUUUAAAGAGUAAAAAUCGAAGGAAAUUACGUUCGUGGAGUUUUAGUAAAGUUCUCUUAAGUUGAAUUAAGUUGAGCGGUAGCUUGUUGACAUUUCUAAGAAGUGGCGGUCGAAUUUUGUUUAACAUCGAUAAAAAUUCCUGAAAAAUCACAUUAUAAUUGCUUUAGGCCGACGUUACUUAAUUCAAAAAGAGAAUAAGAUAAGAUAAUUGUAUGAAAAAGAGAAAAAUGGACUUUUUUGAGCAGUUUUCAUGACAUUUUUUAGUUGACAUCAUUUUUACUUUUGUGAGGACACGUGGCGUCAUGGGACAACAGCAAGUUCAAAAAACCUCACUAAAAAGUUAGUCAAACUUGGUCUCUAUCGACUCAUAAUGAAAAAAAACGAACUACUUAAGCGUAGGUAGAAAAUAAAGAGCAUUAGAAAUUAAGCUUUGACUUGUAAAACAAAGCGGUCCAGUAAUGUCCUCUUAUUGCUAUAGUGGAAUUGGAGUUGCGUUUUAACGUCAAAACACAAAACGACAUUUCGAUAGCUGCCUGUUGAAAUCAGUUUAAGAGUAGUCUGGAUUAAAUUCUUGUACAAAUGUCGAAAAAAUUGUUAAAAUUGAAGAUUACAUGUAGUUUUAUUUAGAAAAGCCUUCUGAGAGUUUUGUAGAAUGUUUGUACAAAACGUAACGUAUUUGUCAAUAGAAGUUAUGACAGAAAACCUUCUUUGUUAAUGUUCUCUGUGAAUUUAAAAUAAGAUUUAGAAAUAAAGGUAGUGAUUUGUAGAAUUCAAAUAUGAUUAAAAAUAAAAUAUAAAAAUGCA